UGCGUGGAAGUAAAGUCGCUGGUGAUUGGAUAAGGAAGCAAGAAGUUGGUGCCUUCCUAUGUUUGGACAAUUGUGGGAAUCCCCUUAUUUUUCCCUCCAAACAUUUUGGUGACUUUUCGCAAUUUCCAUGCACUAAAGAGAACACCUUCACAUAAGUUUAGUGAUCUGCAAGGAUUACCAGGUAGUGUAUAGAGGAGUUACUGCAAUCGACUGCGCUACAAUGACGUCUUUCGCUCAUGCUAACAAGCGUGGAUGCUAAUUAUGCUAGUAUUCCUUCACUGGGUCCAUCAAGAUGGAGGAAUCAUCUAUGGACUUAUCUCUGAGCCCAACAUUCCACAUGAGCCAGGAAUCCUUCCGGCAGCUUUGGCAGAAUGUGGAGACUCCAUCCUUUUCCACCAUUCAGACGGUGGACAACCCCUCCGUCUCUAUGUGGAAGCCGGAACCUGUCAACCAUUUGCUGCCGAUUUACGACGAUCAAUCUCUCACUGACAAUUUUGACGAAGAUCUCUUCGAGUUGCCGCCGUCUAUGGUGAUGGUAGCAGCACCCUCCACCAUCCCCACAGUCCCCGUUACCACUGACUGUCCCGGAGAGUACGGCUUCCAGCUUCGCUUCCAGAAGUCGGGCACAGCAAAGUCCGUCACCUCAACGUUUUCUGAAGUGCUCAACAAGCUCUACUGCCAGCUGGCCAAGACCACCCCCGUGGAGGUGUUGGUGUGUAAGGAGCCGCCUGCAGGGGCCAUCCUCAGGGCCACGGCUGUCUACAAGAAGUCUGAGCACGUGGCCGACGUGGUCCGCAGAUGUCCCCACCACCAGAACCAGGAUGCAACAGAGCAUAGCAGCCAUCUGAUUCGAGUAGAAGGCAGCCAGAGGGCGCUAUAUUUUGAGGACGCCCACACCAAGAGAUACAGCGUGACUGUCCCCUACGAACAACCCCAGCUUGGAUCUGAGAUGACCACUAUACUUCUCAGCUACAUGUGUAACAGUUCAUGCAUGGGGGGCAUGAACCGCAGGCCAAUCCUCACCAUCAUGACCCUCGAGACCCCCGAUGGCAAUGCAUUGGGUCGCAGAUGUUUCGAGGUGCGUGUUUGUGCCUGUCCGGGCCGCGACCGCAAAAUUGAGGAGGAGAACGCCUCCAAGGUGGACAACGGGGCCAAACGAAAGAGCUCCUCGGGCACCUCUGCCGCCCGCCUGAAGAAGCCCAGGACCACCUCUAGUGCUGACGAGGAGGACAAAGACAUUUACCGUCUGGAAAUUUGUGGCCGUGAACGUUAUGAAAUGUUGAAGAAAAUCAACGACGGCCUGGAGCUGCUUGACAAGCAAGGAAAAACAAAGUCACCAGUGGUUGUGAAAACAGAGGUUCCACUGCCUUCCAACGGGAAGCGCCUUUUGCUGAAAGAACCACGAAGUGACACAGAAUAACAAGAAAAAAGGUCUGAUUGUUCACUUCACACCACAUAAAGCAAAAAAAACAAACAUAUUGUAACUGUUAUUUUUCUACUUUUUUAUGCUUGUUGACCAAAUCCUGCGUGGAAUGGAAUGUGCAUUCUGCUUUUGUUUUUUAAUUUUUUUGUUAUAAUUCUCCUUUAGAACUCAAUAGCGCCCUCUAUUGGACAUAGAGCAUGUCAUGUCAUAGGCUUUCUUUUGGAAAAUGUUAAAAAUCUAAUUUGUAAAAGGGCAUAUGUCUAUCAAUAAAAAAAAUCUU